AAAAUUGUACAAGACAAAAAUAUUUACGACGAAGAGAAAGAUUUGGAAGAGAUAGUUGAGACAUAAGUAAAGAACUAGAAAAACGAUAGUCAAAAUUGCGAGAAAUAACACGAGAAGCAAGUUUGUUUACAGAGUCAAGAACUCUGAUUGCUCAUCUGUACUACGUGCCGUCUCGUCCAUGAAAUCAGCAUUUUAUUGAAUCUUGACUGUCUCUCUCAUUCUAUAGUCGUCUAUUAUUUUUAGCAUGUAUGCAUGGCGACGAAUAAAAACUAUUUACUACACAACCUUGGAACAAAUAAUGGAACAAUAUCUUUAGGACUAGCUCCAAACUCAAACACCCAAGUCCAGACCUUGCAGGUAAGCAUGUUUGACUCUUUUACAGAUUGGUCAUCUCUCUAAUAGUAGCACGCUGUGUAGCGUGAGGGCGACAGUAAUAGUAGCAGUAUUUAUUCAUGAAGAGUGAGAGUCAUCAAAGGUUCCCGAUCUCUAAUAAUAAUGACUCGAGCCAAACAACAACAGAAGAAACUAUAAAUAGAGAAAUAAAAAAAACAAGUAAACUAGUGUACGAGUUGGGGGCAGUGGUGGAUCCAGCCCACGAGCGGCCACUCGUAUCUUUUAACCAGAAAACUAUUUUUUUAUCAGCAGAACUCUUUUAAAAUAAUUUGUUUCUAUGACGACCGUAUGUAUCUCGCACUUUUAUCGUAUACCACACGUAGCAAAGAAUAAUUCUGGAUCCGCCACUGGUUGGGAGAUGCUCAAUCUAUAGAAGUGUUCUCAAACUAUCGAAAAACAAAAAAAUCAAUUUCGUAUGAAUGGAAAUUUGAAUAAGUGAAUGUAGGAAAUUUCUUAUUCUUCAGGCGAGAAAAAGAGAACUUGAAGCGAAUUGUUAUGGAAAAAUAAUAAAAAAAUAUGCGGCAUUAUUUGAAAAUUGUUUCUUAGGUUGUCCCAGCACAAAUAAGCUCACAUUUGAGAGACAUUGAUUCUUAUUCUGCCAAAAUUAGUGGCAAUACCAGUAGCAGUGAACAAGAUCGAACAAAUACGAAUCCAAACAAUCAUUUAACAAAUCCACCAUACAACGAGCUUUUGAGCGAAGGAAAUUGUAUUAUAAAAGAAGAACAUAUUACUGAUACUGAAGAAGAGGGAGAAAACAACAAUAAAGUAUCUGACUCACAACAAAACUUAAUCCUGGAUGGUAGUACUAACCCAACUUCAACGUCAUCGUCGAAUAAGAAACAUAAAACGGCAAAUUUCACAAGUAACAUAGAACAACAUAGUGGUUCACAAACAAAAUUAAGUAGUUCAACUUCUUCUUCAUCAGCACAGCAACAUAAUUCAAACGGUAUCCGUCCCGAUCAACAAACAGGACUACCCAAUGAUCUACCAUCAGCUUAUAAAGUUUCAACAACUGGUUUAAAUAAUUUAUCACCAUCAUCAUCGUCAUCUUCCACUAACACACCUACAACAUCUUCAUCACGUCAUGAUUGUAAACCACAUACAGAAGAUCCAUCACGCAAACGUGAAAUGAGAUUACAGAAAAAUCGUGAAGCAGCUCGUGAAUGUCGACGAAAGAAAAAAGAGUAUAUUAAAUGUUUAGAAGAACGUGUUACAGGACUAGAAAAUCAAAAUAAAGCAUUAAUCGAAGAAUUAAGACAAUUAAAAGAACUUUAUUGUCAAAGUCAUAGUACAACAACAACAGAAUCUGACAUUAAUUUAUUAACCGAACAUACACGCCGUAUGUCAGCAUCCAUGUCAGAAACAUCAACUCCAAUACAGCUUCCUCUUUCACCGUUGACAUCAUCUGGACCAACAUCUCUUUUUCUUCCAUGGGAUCGAUUAAAAUAUUGGCUUCAUGCAAUUGUUGUUGUGACAUUUGAUUUAGAAUUGGGACAAUCCAUUGAACUUCUGUUACCGCAUCAUUGUAAAUUAUCGGAUAAAGAAAAAUUAAAUUUAUGUUAUUUAUCAUUUCCUGAUGCAAAUUCAACAUUUUUAGGUGAUACACAAUAUCAUUUUCGUAUUAAACAUGAUUCAUGGUCAUCUAGUUCAUCUCAGCGUUAUCAUCUUCCAUCUUCAAUGUCUUACUAUGAACAUUAUAAUCGAAUUGUACCAUCAGUAUUACAAGUUGAUCCUAAUUAUUUAUAUGGUUACGUUCAUUUUCGACAAGUACGGGAUAAGAGCAUUAAACGUGGCUAUUUUCAGAAAUCCGUUGUUCUUUUAUCGAAACUGCCAUUUAUUUCAUUAUUUUUAUCCAUUGUUAGCCAAUUGGGACCAAAUUAUUUUGAACUAGGUUUGACAAGUUUAGAGACAUGCUGUCAUCUAAUGGACAACCAAUGGCCAGAACCAGAACCAGGGAAAACAUUAUUAUUACCGUUGCUCGGAAAUGUUUUACAAGUUAGAAUACCCACUCAUGGUGAUAAACCGUUUUCAUCGUCUGAUCUUAUACAAUUUCGAACAAUUUUAAAUAACACAAAUAAUCGUACAAUUGCGUCUUCUUCUCAACAAAAUUUCCCAAUUGAUGAUAGUGUAGAUACAAUUAAUUCAACUUUAAAUAAUAACUUAGAAGAGAGUAAGAAAAAUUAUCAAAAUCAUUCACAAUCAACCGUAUCUUUGCCAUCCAUGUCAACUACUAAGCAGAUUGAAAUGACCACUCCAGUCGACAAAAAACUUUCAUCUGACAAUGCUUCUAUAUUUCUUCAGCAUCAUGAACAGCAAUUGCCUCGUCUGAUUCCAUUUGUACAUGAUGUAAAUACGUACCAAUCAUUAGCUUGUGUUCUUAACCAUAUACAGCUUCUUUGGGAAUUGGUAUUACUCAAUGAACCAAUCGCCGUAUUAGGCACAUUUCCGACUAAUUGUUCUCAAACAGUUCAAGCAAUUGUGCAUAUUAUUUGGCCAUUACGCUAUGCAUCAGAUUACCGUCCAUUUUUUACAAUUCAUAAUAGUGAAUUUCAUGAAUAUACGUUUAAUACUUCAACAAAGAAAACAAAUUCGGACCAACAACCAUCAGUUAUCAUUGGUGUAACAAAUCCAUUUUUUGCAAAACUAUUACACAAUUGGCCUCACAUAAUUCGAGUUUUUGAUUCAAUUAAUAUGUCUGAAACGAAGAAAAAGGAACGAUAUUUACUUAUCGAUCGAAAUUUGAGUGAUGAUGAUGAGGGUUUAUCUGUGAAUGAAGUAGAUGAAGAUCUGGGAGAUGUUCAACCGCCAACUGCACCAACUAAAAAAGUUACAACAACUAUAAAGCCGUAUAAACGUAAAUCGACGCCAUUUCGUGGUAGUAAUUCUCAUUUGACAUUUGAUAUGAAGCCCGGUCUUUACACAAAAUAUAAGACAUAUUUACAACGUGAUAAGACAAUUUUGAAAAAAUUACAAAAUUCCGUUCAUCAACGUCCCGAUAAUGUUCAGAAUACAUUAUUAAGACGAUUUUUUCUGGAAUUAACUCAAAGUUUUAUUAUACCAUUAGAACGUUAUUUUACUAGUUUAUUACCAUUAAAGAAAUUUUGUAUACCAAAUCGCAAACAACCAUCAAUUAAACCAUUUGAUAAUGAUGAGUUUUUGAAAACAAUUGAGCUCUACGGUCCACAAUUAACAAGUGGAUUGAAAGGUGAUUGGAAAGAAUUGUAUAAACAUUUUUUACAAACACCAAAUUUUAAACAUUGGUUGUAUAAUAGACAAACGGAAGCAGAAUUAAAAAUAUUUAGUUUACAUAUUGAGACAACAGCUACAUGUCAUUUAGAAAAUGAUUUAUUAUCCUCUAUAACGAAUGAAAUCGAGUUAAUCGAUCUUUUAUUGAAAUUAAACGAUUAUGUAUCGAAAAUAGAAUCUAAUCAGAUUACAAUCGAUGAUAAUAAUAAAGGGAAUUUAAUUGAAAAAUUGAAAUUGAAGAUAAAUAUAAUCAUAAACGAUAAAUUAUCGGAUGAUAUGAAGACGUUGUUUAGUAAACAAGUAAAUUUUCGAGAUAACAACGAAUCACAACAAGUUAACACAAGCUUUGUUAUUCUUCUUAUACAACUGAAGUAUCUAGAAAUUCGCAAACUAUCAAAUUACGUUAUUCGUUACAUCUCAACAGCGUUACCGAACGACUGGCGUAAAAAACUUCCUUCACUUAACGAAAAAGAUUUAGAAGAAAAAUAUAUCAAAGGUUCGGGUCCGGGUGGUCAAGCGAUAAAUAAAACACAAAAUUGUUGUCAAAUAAAGCAUAUCCCGACUGGGAUUGUAGUUACUUGUCAACAAACACGUUUUCUUGAAACAAAUCGUGUAUUAGCUAGACGACAAUUACAAGAACGUUUGGAUUAUCAUUUUAAUGGUGAAGACAGUUUAAUUGCUCAAUAUCGUCGUGAAAAACAUUAUAGAAAAGAAGAAAAACGUCUAGAAACCCUAAAAACUUUGGAGAAAAAACGUGCAUUUAAAAUUGAACAGAAAUCUCAAAAUUUAUUUAAUAAAACGAACGAAUCAAAUACUGAUAUAAAUAUAAGCAAAAAAAAGCAUGGAGAUUGA